AUAACAGCAAGUUAUAGACAAGUUGGCCACUCCACCAUUUAGGCGUUACUGUAAGCUGUGACAGUGUAAGAAGUAACAUAUGUCAUCAAAAUGGCGGAGUUGAAAGUGGACUACAAUUAUCUAGGAAGAACAGGACUUCAGAUUUCAAACCUGUGUCUCGGUACGAUGACAUUUGGCCAAGGACCGGGCGCGGAUGAUUUACCAGGUUGUAAUGAAGAAUUAUCACAUCAGAUAUUAGAUCGUUAUGUAGAAUGGGGAGGUAAUUUUAUAGAUACAGCUGACUGUUACUAUAAUGGUGGGUCCGAAUCGGUUGUUGGUAACUGGUUGAAAAAACAACAGCGAGAUAAAUAUAUCCUAGCCACAAAAGUGUUUGUGUGGACUGACAAAUCUAAUAUCAACAGCCAGAGUUUGACACGACGUCAUAUUGUUGAAAGUAUAGAGAAAAGUUUAGAAAGAUUAAAUACAGAUUAUGUCGACCUAUAUCAGAUGCAUAGUUGGGAUUAUACCACACCGAUACGAGAAACUCUGUUGACGUUCAAUGAUUUAAUACGUUGUGGUAAAAUACGUCAUGCUGGUUGUAGUAACGUUGCAGGAUGGCAGUUACAACAAAUAGUUGAUUUAAACAGAGAACUUGAUCUUAAUCCAUUUAUUACGCUACAGCAACAUUACAGCCUUGCUUCACGCACGGAUGAAUUCGAGUCUUUUAAUGUGUGUAAAUUGAAUGGUAUUGGUGUUUUACCGUGGAGUCCUUUAAAAGGAGGUACCCUUUCUGGUAAAUAUAAACGUGGAGAGAAGCCUGAUUUACAAGAUGGUAGAUUAGGAUGGGUGGCGGAAAAUGAAAAGCGGGGAACAGUUUCGCGGCCAUCAUGGAUUAAAACUGAUGAAGAUCAGAGAGUGUGGUCGAUAUUAGCAACAUUAGAGAAAAUAGCCAGUUCAAAGGGUAAGAGUAUGGCCCAGGUGGCGUUGCGGUGGUUGAUACAGAGAGAUGUUGUGGCAUCUGUUAUAAUUGGUGUCAAAAAUUUAGAACAAUUAAAUAACAACAUGGCGGCCAGUUCCGGUUGGAAAUUGACCAAGAGCGAGGCAAGUAAUUACUGA